CACAUUUUGUUUCUUUAGUUCUAGGAAACAAAGCAUAGAACACACUUUUGUAGUUUUUAAAUGUGAGAGAGGUGAAGACAAUAAGGAAAGCCUUUCACUGCAUAUGUGCAUGUGUGUGAAUCUGUGUGUGUGUGCAAGUUGGAAGUAUUUAUCUUCCACCAUGAGUCUUAAAGGCAGGAGUUUCUCACUGGACAGCUCUGCUUGUGUGGAAGGAUUCGGUCUUCUUGGCAGAAGAAGAGGCAGCAACUGGCUCAGCAGUAAGAAAUCUACCCACAGCUUCACUCGGUAUGAUGCCCCACUGGACAUCCAGGGGCUAAAUCCCAGCAUCAACUCCAACAUGUACAUCAGGGAUCAUACAACAGAGGAUAUCAUUGAUCGACCGGAUGGCUUUAUCAAUAGCUUCCUGAAGCACAAAAAAACCUUCCACAAAAUGUUCCCAGAGAUCCCUGAGAGGGAGAACCUUACACACACCUUCUCCUGUGCCUUGCAGAAGGAGGUGCUGUAUCAUGGAAAACUCUAUGUAUCUGAGAACUAUGUGUGUUUCCACUCAUCAGUGCUGCUCAAAGACACCAAGGUGGUGAUUCCUGCGUCGAGCAUCAACGACAUAAAGAAACAUAACUCAGGUUUAUCCAUGGUGUCUAUCCACAUUGCUGGUGGAGAUAAGUACACUUUUGUGUCUUUGAGGAACCGUGAGAUGUGCUAUAAACUUCUUCUCUCUCUCUGUUCACAUGAACAGUGUGUUGUUUUUCUCACACAGGCAAAGAGCUCAAACAGCAGCCCUCAUGUUUCCUCUGCAGAUAAUGAAGCUGACCAUGACGUGGCCUCUGGUUAUUCCAGUUUGGAGGACAGCAUAGAUCAUGAUCAGAGCAGAGGGGGCAGCAUUAAUCUCAACAACGACCUUCCCCAGAUGUCCAGUGAAGGUCCUACAAAAGGCAAUUCCACCAGUCAGAACAGAACAGAGGGAGAUGCCAGAGUUCUAUGGUGGAUUUGGAGGAUAACUGAAAGUGUUGCUUCACUCUUCUUCUUCAGAGAAGUCAGGAAUCUCAGCACUUUAUUCUAUGUCUAUGUAUUACUAAUGACGCUGCUGCUGUUGGCAUUUGGGUACAUGGGUCUGAGGAUCAUCGCUUUGGAAGAGCACCUGACUCAGCUGUCUUUCCAACACAGAGAGUACCAACUAACGUAGCCAGAGGCAGGUGACCCUUUCAGGAGUCAUGCAGUGCACCACUCUCAUAGAUCCUGUCAUACAUUGAUCGCUGUCUAGACAGGCUCCCAAAAGCAUCUUAUCAUUUGACACGCAAUGCAGGAUUUGGUGAAAUGUGCGUUAUCGUGCACAAACAAAUGCUCUCUCAAUGGAGAUUGAUCUCCUGUGUCAUGUCUGCAGAGAAAGCAGGUCAGCAAUAAGAUGCUUUUGGAAUGUCUGAACCAGGCCACACGUGGUGCACUACACGGAUGGCUGGCUGUGUUGGCAGAAAAGCACCAGGCCAAUAUUUCUAUUAGAUGAGCACACUUAUUCUGUGCUGACUGAUCAAAAACUGCAGUGAGGCUCUCCUGCAUGGAGCCAUAUGGAGGCAGCCUGCUGAAGUCAUGUUUGUUUCCUGGCCCGUGAACUCGCUGAGCUCAGCGAGCUGGAGUAUUGGCCGCCUUUUCUGGAUCAACACAACCUUCAACAGCGGGAACACACACACAGUGAAACAAGCACUUUAUUUUCGCUUGGUAUUAAAUGUUUUUUAUGUUAUGACAUGAUAGUUCACAUUGUGUAAGUGAACUGCUGGAAUCAGGUGACACGUUUCAGAAAGAAGACUGUUAGUGACAAGAAUCCGCCAGCAGAGGGCAGUCACUCCCAUUAAACUCCACUGUGAAGCAUCAAGGCAGGAUCUGACUUGCACUUAUAAAUUCAGGCACUGAUAUUAAUUUUAAGUACAGCUGUUAUAAAAACCUUUGCUCUGGAAUUUCUGUCAAAUCAGUCCUAUUAAUAAAUAUUUGAAAAUAUGUGAUAUGACACAUGUUGGUCAGAUAAACUCCAGGACUUCAAAACCAUUUUAAUGACCAAACGUGAAAUCUAUGUAAACAUAAAAACACAAGAAUAUUUUGGGAUACAUAAGGGAAAGUAAGAGGGCUCUUGAAAGAUAACGUGCAAAGUGUAAUGUUUCCUUCUGAAAAAUGUCAAAUACUAAAUUGAAACAGGGUUUAAACAGAUUUUAAUAACUCUAAUGUAUAGCUGUGUAUAUAUUUAUCUAUUCCAGUCAGUCUGUGAAGAGACGUUUUUAGUAAGUAAUGUUUUAAAUAUUAUGAUUGUAAUGAUUUUGUAUAUUAUUAUUGUUAAACCCAAUCUCACUUGUGUUCCAAAUAUUGCAAUAUGUUGUAUCGCUGUCUACCAGAUCUCCAUACUUAUGAAUGAAUGCACUGUAAAGAAAAAAGGUUGUUUUAAAAACAA